AUGUGUCACGCGGUAGUUCUAGGAGUGCUAUUCUCGCUACCGUCAUAUCUUUACUCUUCGGUAGUGAGAGCGCGGCCUUGGAUGAGCUGUGUCAAAAGCACUAUUGAUUUCCUGCUGUCGAAGGGCACUAGCGCUGGUGAACGGUUACACUUCGUUGCCCAUGGACCAAUCUCGGCUAUGGGUCGCUGUUUAGAGAUGCUGGUGCUGUGGCUAUCUGUGUUUUUGGAUGUGUUUUGGAAGAAGGCGCGGCGUAAGGAGCGCGAGGGUGAGGGCGCCGGUGAUCCCAAGCUGUACCUGCAGGAGGCACUGCUUGAGCGCAAGCUGCCCGAGCUGGACAUGCGCCAGCUGGUCGAGCUGCCCCAUGGCCUCGACUACAACGAGUGGCUCGCCUCGCACACGCUGGCGCUAUUCGACCACGUGAACUUGCUUUACGGUACUGUAUCAGAGUUCUGUACCCCGGCGACGUGUCCCGACAUGACGGGUCCCGGGGGCAGGACGUACGCCUGGUACGACGAGCGCGGGAAGAAGUCGCGUGUCGCCGCGCCGCAGUACGUCGACUAUGUCAUGACAUACACCCAGAAGACGGUCAACGACGAAACGGUUUUUCCUACUAAAUAUGCGAACGAGUUCCCAGCUCAGUUCGAGGCGGUGGUGCGGCGAGUGGUACGACUGUUGUUCCACGUGGUGGCUCACAUGUACGCGUCACACUUCCGCGAGCUGGCGCUGUUGAGUCUCCACGCCCACCUUCACCUCACCUUCGCUCACCUCACGGCGCUGCAUCGUCGGUACGCACUGCUCGACCACAAGGAGACCGAGGUUCUACGCGACCUGGAGGUUGCUCUCCGUCUGUCCGAGCCCGCCGGUAGUGCUGGCAGUGCGUCGGCUGCUGGGAGCGAGGCCGCUGAGGAUUCUUCACCACGCCGCCGCUCGCCGGUGGUGACGCAGCCCCUGGCCUCAGCUUUAGUAAGUUGA